AACAGCAUGGGAGACGCACUCUCGAAGGAGAUCAAGAAGGCGUCGAAGAAGCAGAAGCUCGACCUGUCUGACCGGCAGAUUGAGGAGAUUCCGGACAAGAUUGGCAAGUGCGUCAAGCUGGUGGAGCUCGAUGUGUCGACCAACUCGCUGGCAGACUUGCCGCCUGAGGUCGGCCUGUUGACCAAUCUAGAAAUCUUGAACAUUGCAAACAAUCGAAUGAAUGGGCUAUUCCCGGACAUCGGCAAGCUCAAGAAGCUGGAGGACCUCUCUGCCCACCACAACCGGCUGUUCUUUGCGGGCAUUACGCCCGAGGUGGGCAAGUGUGCGUCACUGACCCGCGUCGACUUUUCAUCGAACCAGCUCGACACGCUCCCGUCCGAGUUCUUCAAGCUUCCGCUCAAGGUGGUGGACCUCUCGCAGAACGCGUUCAAGACGAUGUCUGAGGAGUUUGGCAAGGUCUCGUCGCUGCAGGAGCUGUACCUGCAGGAUAACAAGAUCAAGUUUGUGCCUGCCGAGCUUGGGCAGCUCGUCAACCUCCAGGUGCUCAACCUGGCGAACAACGAAGUGCCCGGCCUGCCGAACGAGAUCGAGUCUGUGCUCCAGCUCCGCAAGCUCGACGUUGGCUUCAACCAGCUUCGUGAGCUUCCCGAGUCGAUCUGCCGGCUGACCAACAUGACGGAGCUCAUCAUCCGCGACAACCCCGCGCUGGCGGACCUGCCGUUUGACCUUGGUGCGAUGCGCAAGCUCAAGGUGCUCUCGCUCCGCAACACGCGGGUCGAGGAGCUGCCCGACGACAUUGCCGACCUGACCGCCCUGGUUGAGCUCGAUGUUCGCGACAACGUCCAGCUCGCCGAGGUGACACCGGCCGUGGGCGAGCUGGUCAACCUUCGCAAGCUCGACCUGUACGGCUGCGGCCUGGCAUCAAUCCCGAUGUCUCUCGGCCAGCUCUCGCAGCUCGAGUCGCUCGACUUGCGCAACAACCAGCUGACCGCCAUCAUGCUCCCGCAAGAGCUCUCAGCACUCACCACGCUCACCAAGCUCCACCUCGGCAACAACCCGCUCGAGUCGGUCCCAGUAGACGUCAUCUCCACACUCACCAACCUCGAGGAGCUCGACCUUUCCAACUGCCGCCUCGAGCGGCUGCUGGAGGAGAUCGGCGAGCUGACUAACCUGACCAAGCUCUCGCUCGCCUCGAACCGCCUCGAGACGCUGCCGUUUGAGAUCGGAGACCUGACCCUGCUCCAGAUCCUCGACCUCCGCUCCAACAAGCUCACUUCGAUCCCCGUCGAGAUCUCCAAGCUUGCUGCUAUCACCAAGCUCGAUCUGUCGUACAACUCGCUCACCGAGCUGCCGCCCGAGAUGAGCGCGCUCGAGAACCUUGAGACCCUUGACCUCAAGAACAACUCGCUCAUCACCCCGCCCAACCCGGUCAUCCGCAAGGGUACCGGUGCCGUCAUGCAGUACCUCGCCCAGCAGCUUGCCCAGCGCGAGUCGGGCGGCGCAGGCCCGUCGGGCGCCGCCGGCGGUACCGCCCUCGACGCUGGCGACUUUUAAUCUGCCGCCCCACUUGCACAAAACAAGAAACGAACACGCACACACA